AAUUUAUCCUCUGAAAUUUGUCAUAUCAGUUAAAUCAUAAAUGUAUUUCACUAUCGUAUAGCUCAUGUUACAGUUAUUAAUCGUUUAAAAAAAUAAAAAUAUUGACAGAUUCUUUUAAUUUUUAUAUCUAUCAAUGUUAAUACAAUCAGAUAAUUAUAAAUAAUGGACGUGGGUGAAUCUCUGGAUCCAAAAGAAUUAAAAGUUACCCUUGAAACAUACAAAAAAUUGGCAAAUGAUUUUGCAAACCAUGACACAAUUUUAAAGGAUAAAACAGUUUUGUCAUAUGUAGCAUACGUUUUAGAAGUACCAGAUUUUGAAAUUAUUAAUUUGAGUUUAGAUAUUUUGGAAUUAUUUGUCAAAAAUGUGGAUAACUAUGUACAUAUAACCUCUACUUUUGGAGUUCGUGAAGCUUUAGAUGCAAUUAUAAAUAAAUAUAAUAUAGAUGAACCAAAGAUAUCUAAACGAGCACAAUGUAUAAAAGAUGAUAUAGAAAGAAUGAAACCACCAAUAUAUAAUUUACGCAGCAGAUGUCGAAGAGUUAUAGAGCCUAAAAAACUAAAAACUCAUGUAAUAGUAUUACACAUUCAAGGUUUAUUACCGGAAACUCGUGCAGAAUUAGAAGGAAUAUUAAUAAGAAUCAAUGGAUUAGUUUCUCUUGUAGUUGAUGUAGAACAUCAACGUGUUACAAUGCGUACUUUAAGUUAUGUUACUGCAAAACAAAUUGCAGAAGCUAUACAAAAAAAUUCAGAGAAUAUGGAAGCAAGAUUAGUAACAAGAAAUAAAUACAAUCAAGAAUAUCUUGUUAAAUUGAUUCAUACAGGAAAUAAUGGUGAUACUGAAGAUAUGCCAGAUUAUUUACCUGAAGAAGAUGAGCAAGAAAAUGAAAAAGAGGGAGUUGUAUCAUUACUUACUGGAUUAAGACAAAGUGCAUCAUCAUUGUACAAAUCCACUGCUGAAUUUCUGCACAAUUCAUUUUAUUGGUAAAUUUAUAAGCUCUAGUACAAUAAAUAUUAUUUUUUAUUCUAUUA